UUGUACGUCAAGCACUAAUGCAGAAUCAGACGCCGGAGAUCCAAGCUAAACUCCUUGCCAUGCAGAAACACAUGGUGCAACAAAAACAAGAUGAUGUGAAAAGUCUCAUUCCAGCAGCUACCCUUGUGUCACAGGUUGGUAGACAGGAAGUAGUGAGAACUGUAGAGAGUCAGGAAUCUAAGCUGGCCAAACAAAAACCACCUGCUAUACUGACUCCUGAACAGAAAGAGACCCAUACAAGGGUAUCAAUAUGUAACCAGGUAUUGAAGGGAAUUCUUGAUAAGAUAGAAAGAGAGGAAAGAAAGGAGCAGAAACUCCAGAAGAAGGCAGAAUCUGCUGAGGAGAAGCAAAAACGUCUUGCAGCUACCAAGAUACAACAAACACUGUACAAACACAAAGAAGCCUUAAAGAAAGAAAUUCAGAGAAAAAGAACUCUAAAUGAAAGGAAUAUGCAGCUAGAUAUACAGGCUGAGAUUCAAGAGGCAGUGAAGUCACAUGCUACCAGUAGAAAGAAAGCAGUACCAGUGAGGCAGACUGUGGUACCAGCUGCUAUGAUUUUACAGAAACGACAGGAGGAAAAUAUAAGACAACAGAAUACACUGCCACCUAUGCCUCCUUCAAGUGCCCAGGUCGCUGAAGCAGCCAGAGCUAAGAAAAAGAAACAGAAAAUUAUUUCUACAGGUGUGAAAGAAAAAAGUCUAAAUCCCAAACGUAAACUGUAUUGUAUCUGUAAAACUCCUUAUGAUGAAUCAAGAUUUUAUAUUGGUUGUGAUCUGUGUUCCAACUGGUUCCAUGGGGAAUGUGUGAAUAUUAGUGAAAGCGAGUCAAAAUAUAUAGACGCCUUUGUUUGUGAUGACUGUAAAAAACAACAAGAGACAGCCAUAGAGGAACUGUAUUGUCUCUGUAAAACACCGUAUGAUGAAUCUAGGUUU